CUCACCGGGCGCUUCAUGCACGUCACCGACUUUCAUCCCGAUCCGUACUACAAGAGAAAGGCUACGCUCGAGUCCGGUUGCCAUCGCCUCAAGGGCGAAAAGGACCCCGACGAUUUCAGAAGCAAGCGCAAGAGUCGUGUCGACCGCUUCUGGCCCACACGCGACGGAGGAGACGACGAUGACAUUGAGGCUGGAGAGUGGGGAACACCCAUCUCAGACUGCGACUCGCCGAUCACCCUUGUUGACCUGACCUUCGAGUGGCUCAAGAAGGAGUGGACAGAGCAGGUGGAUUUCAUUGUUUGGACGGGCGACAGCGCUCGGCAUGACAUCGACCGCUUCCUCCCCCGUUCAGGCAAAGAGAUUUUUGACCUCAACAAAAUGAUGGCGCAGCGCAUGGUCGAGACGUUUGGGAAGAAGGUGCCCAUUAUCCCCUCGCUUGGUAACAACGACGUCUACCCCCACAACAUUAUGGAACCUGGGCCGAACCGCGUAACUCAAGAGUUUCUGACAAUAUGGAAGCACUUCAUUCCGGAGGAGUACCGUCACGUGUUCGAGCGUGGCGGCUACUUUGCCGUCGAGGUCAUUCCUGACCAACUUGCCGUUAUCUCGCUCAACUCAAUCUACUUCUUCGUUUCCAACACCGCCGUUGACGGUUGCCGCCCUGGCUCUGGUGAGCCGGGUGACCAGGAGAUGGAGUGGCUCGAGGUUCAGCUGCAGCAAUAUCGCGACCGCGGCAUGCAAGUCCAUCUCAUAGGUCACGUCGCACCACACGAGGGCCUAUACUAUGACGACUGCUAUGUGCGGUAUGGAGACCUCGCCCUCCGAUACCAGGACACAAUCGUUGGACACCACUAUGGCCACCAAAACAUUGAUCACUUCUUCUUCAUGGACGUCCCCGAGCUCGAAGCUAUCUCGAACGGCGCGUCGGCUGCCGCCAAUGGCACCCUCUACCUCGAGAUCGAGCCGGAGCAAAAGCUUGCCCACCCGUCUAGCGGGAGGUUCAAGAUCUUUGGGAGGAAGAAGUCCGCGACGCUCAAGGACCAGCUAAGGAAGUCGUUCGCAGGGCUCCCCGGACCCACAGAGCUCAAGUACAAGGACUACGCCGUCAUCAACGUCGCGCCGAGCAUCAUCCCGACCUACCAACCUGCCGCGCGCAUUUAUUCGUACAACAUCACUGGCAUAUCCCUUGACUCCAAAGCGCGCGAAGAGGGCGUGUACCCACAGCCGGAUGACCCAGUGGACGAGAUGCGGAAGAAGCCGAAGGGCAACUGCAAGAAACCUGAAAACUGGUACAAGCCGCACUGUUCGUUCAAGACAAGGCCGCGUUACGCGUCGCCUGAGUCGCCGUCGCGCUCCAACAAACCCUUCACCAUUUUGGGCUACACUCAGUUCUUCAUUCCUGAGCUUGACAAGCCCAGAAACUCCGAGGUGCCACCUGGGUGGGAGAUCGAGUACACCACAUUCAAAGCGCGGUCGCUUCUCCCCGACUCGCUCACGAAUGGCAUACACAAAUCGUACGGCCAGCCUCCACCCGUGCCGUUCCAUCUCUUGCCCGCUUUCGACCCUGACAUCGUGGACCUCAUCACGGACGACGACGUCACGCUCCUCGAUACCGAGGACCGCGUUGCCAGUCCCGACAGCGAAACGGAGAGUAAGAAGCAGGCGUUCUUGCUCGCCAUCAAGCGCAUCACCCCGUGGAAGCUCAAGGAUCUCACGAUCAAGAGCUAUGUCAACUUUGCGCGCAGACUAGCCAACGACAAGAAGGCAUUCAGGAAAUUCCUCGACUAUAUGUUCGUCUCCAGCUGCCCUGGGGACACAUGCUAG